CUCUUUUUUUCUUUCUUCCUUUUUUGUAAAAAUCAUUUGUUAACCACUAAUUCAGAAUAUUCAUUACUUCACAUUUGAGAGCAAAUUGCCCACACUGGGAUGGAGUCUGAAGCACCUACCAACAAGGGUCAUCGAUUCGCGAAUUUGGCGGAGGAUUUUGAGGAAAAGGAGCAAUGGGCAGAAGCAGCCGAGGCUCAUAAAAAUGCAGCUGGUAAACCAAAGAUAAAGCUGUUUCUCAGGCAACGGUAUGGUUAAGCGAGCCUUUGUUUAUCAAAAUAGAGCAGUUUGAGAAAGCAAUGAAGGAUACUGCUGAUACGGAAACCGUACGGACUCUACGACUGCUAUCUGCAAAUCAUAAACGUAAAUCGAAUGAGUCAAUGCGAAGAUUACAAAGGAUCAAAGCUGUCGCCAGUAAACAAAAAGAGGCUGGAACAUCAGUACACAAUCAAAUAGCUAUGUCAAGUGGGCAACAGCAACAACAGCAGCAAGAAGCUUUAUUUGACAGAAGAUCUCGGCAAAAGACUACAAAAUUAUUACACAAACAGACAGCAGCAAAACCAUUAGAUAUCAAUGAUCAUAGAAUCAGCGAAAUCGAGGAGUCUUACGCAUUAUUGUCAAAUGAAGAUCAAGAAGAUGACCCUUUCAAUAAGUUCUUAGAAGCAGUAGAAAGUCUAGUACAACAGUUACUUAAUCCAGCAGUCGCAUUUACCUCUGCACCUUUGAACGAAAAUGACUAUCCCUUGCCAUAUACUAGACUUGAGCUGACCGAUACAACGCGCAAAACGGUGUACCAGUACUCAUCUAUGCUUCAGCAGAAAGGCACAAAAUCUAACAAUAUGUCUGGAUCUUACUUUAUGGUACCAACACCCGGUAAAGAAAAUCUUGUUGAGUAUUCGAAUAAUAUGAAGAUGAGGACAGAAUAUGACAAUCGAGAAAGGCCGAUUACUGAUGAAGAAUACAGAUUGGAGAACGACAGUCUGCGGAAACAGCUAGAUCAGUUACGAAAGAGACUAAAAGCAUUGGAAAUGUCAGCAGAAGAGAACAGCAUGCUUAAGAGCAGUGUGCUUCAGUUCAGAAACGACAUACAUAGACAGGCUAAAAGAAUAAUGCAAUCACAGCACGAAUCUAAUCUUAUGAGAUCCUCGGCCAAUGCACUACUACUCAACCAAAAUAAUAAUAAUCAACAAUAUACCUCUAGAAACAUGUAUGGAUCCACUGCCGCCAUUCGACAUUUAGCACCGCCAAUACCCUCGACCACCCAUCUUAAUGGAUCUGAUUUAAUUUCUCGCCUGAAAGAAUUGGAAGAUGAAAAUAAAAAACUAACAUUGCAAAAUGAAAAACAAAAGUUAUUGAUGAACAAAUAUAAAGAAAGGUGGGAGAUGUUGAAAGAGAACGCCAAGAAACGAAGAACGCCAGCAUCAACAGCAGCUAAUCAGGCCAACAGCGUAUUUUCACAUGCAAUUUCAUAGUAAAGUGUAUUUUACGGUGUAUAACUUUUACAAGAGGUCUGGAAUAAAAAUAGUAUACCCUUCGUUUUUCCUCUCUGACUAGACAUCGGUAAGUUUUGCCAGGUUAACGAUCACUAUGAUGCACUUGUUGGACUCUCCCAAAUCCUACAGAUUACAUGAACUCAAACAAACCCUUUGAAUUUGAUUGUGCGUAUAUGAAGUGAAAGAAUUAACUUAGAGUCAGCCAAAAUAACUCUUAUAAUUAAUCUUGCAUAUUCCUAAAUGCGCAAAAUGGUUGUUGUUUCCAUUAAUUAAAGAGCUAAAAUGAUCCAUCCUCAUGCUUAUUAACUAUUAUUUCUUACCGGUGCUUGGGUAUUGGGUAAA